UCUGUAUGUAAAUAUAUCAAUACUGGUGAGAUUUACGUAAAUAAUGACAUAUGAUCUAGUUUCCUCACUUUCUUAUCAUCUAUAGCGUAUGUCCUUUCUUCUACUAUAUAUUCAAACUCGAGUAACUUUAUGUCUAAUUCUCCAAUAUUAUAAUAGUUUGGUCUUUUCUUUCUUUUAAUAUUGAGAGCUUAGUGGUUCCAUUUUUUCUGGCGAGAAAAAGCAGCAGGGUCUUCUGCUAAACUGAGAAUACUAUGUUCAACAUCUACCCUCGUCUUUCGAGCUUUAGUUACUUCGCUAUUUCAUAAUAAUUUUGCAAAUAAGAAAAAGGUUUUUUCUGUUUGUGGAAAAUAGCUAAAAAGUUGUAAAAUGAAUUUUUAUUAACCUUCUUGCAAGUAUCGGAUCGGAUUCUAAAAGUGUGAACUGUUUUAUGGAGAAGAACUGUGGGAGAAGAGAAGGUAUAAAUCAAAUAGGAUGUAUGUGGGUGCUCAUCAGCAUCUUUAGAUCUAACCAGAAGCGUUUCUUGAUGGAUAUGAAACGUAGUAGCAAAAGAUUUGCAGGUAAGGAUGAGAAGCAGCAGCUGACCUGUUCUUCUGAGAGCUCUCAGGAGAGUGUUCAGAAACUCAUGGAUGUUUCUAUUGCUGCUGGUGAUGAACAUGAAGAGACUAAGAUUUGUGAAGAAAAAUUCAGGGAGAUAAUUAAGCGGUUGAUAGUUCAGAAAGAAGGAGAGAUCCAAACAUGUAAGGACUUGCUGGAGGCUUUUCAUGUUUUGGGUUCUGAAGAAGAAUCACUUCUCAACAAGAUUUCACAUGCAGAUGCUCAAAGCUUGGGAGAUGAUUCCAAUAGAGUAGUAGUAGAAGAAGAAGAAGAAGAAAUAAAGCCUGAAGCAGUCUCAAAACAAGAGUCUGUGGUGAAGGUACCGAAGAGGAAAUAUAAAUUCUUCAGCAGGAAAUGGAGAUCAGAAGAGAGGAGAAACAGAACAACUCAUGUUUCAAAACCAAUUGCUGUUUUGAAACCUGCUCCUAAUAGUUUGGAUGUUGAUUCUUCAUCAGGCAACAAGUCCAAAACAGGAAGAACCUUUUCUCGGUUUCUUAACGGUUUAAUCAAAAGAAGACUACAACCUACUACCCUUGGUAAGAAGUCAUGUGAUGUUCUUGCUGAUAGGAGCCAAAACCGUUGCGUGCAAGAAGAGAUACAGAGCAAUGAAGAAGAACCACUCUGUAGUGAAGGAACGAGCAAGGCUGAUAAAGAAGUUACUGUCCAAACAAGCGAAUAUUCAAAGAAGAUUAUGUCUGGCUUGUAUGCUGCAGCAAGGAAACACUUGUCUGAAAUGCUUGUAAAUGGAGAUAUAGAUGUGAGUUUAUCAGAUAAGGAGGUACCAAGAAUCCUGGGGAAGAUUCUUGCUCUCCCUGAGUUCUCUUCACCAGGUAAUAGCCCUAGAAGUAGCCCUCCGCAUGAUUUGACUAGCCCCCUAAGCCAAACAACCGAGAAACCAAAGAUUCUGCAAGGCGGUUCAUGUACAGAUGGUAUUACUGAUGGAGAUUCAGACAAAGAUGAUGAGAUAUUGUUUACCAUCAAUGUCUCUAUCCCCAAAGACCAUGCGAAGGAAGCUGAGAAGACAGAGAUAGAAUCAUUAUCUGAAACUAGCAGCUCUUCCAACCGACAAGACGAAGAAGUUGAUGAAGAUGUGCUUGAAUGUGGUGAGGAAGAUAAGGAACCAUUGAAUAAGGAAAUGUUCAACCAAGUGCACUCUUCUCCUCCAGAAUCUCCACCAAGUUCUUCAGUUAUGAUGAUUGAAUCCAAAGAACCUGCCACUGAUGUGCAGGAAAAGUUAAGUCCCGUGUCUGUACUCGAACCUCUGCUUACAGAUGAUGAGAUUAGCCCAACAACAAGCACAAGGUUCGAUUCAGCUGAAAUGAGAAUAAAACCACUGUGUAUAAGAUUCGAUGAAGCUGAUUCUCCACAACCAGACGAAUCCAAUAAUCUCAAAACAAGCAUGGAUGACAAGGAGAUGAUACUUGCAUACAUUGAAGCAGUUGUGAAAUCCUCAGGCUUGAGCUGGGAAGAGCUUUUGAUAAGGCCCUUUUACUCAGAACAGCUUCUUGAGCCAGAGUUAGCAGAUAACAUUGUUUUCUGUUCUACACAACUCUGCGACGAUAAGAAUCUCCUUCAAGACUGUAUCAAUGAAGUCCUCAUUGACUUCUGUGGGAAUCAACUGAAUCCAGGGCCUUGGAUUUCGUUCGUGAAACCUGAACUCCAGCUAAUCUCAGACAUGGAGAUCGCAGCUAAAGUGGCACAAGAAGGGGUAUAUUGGCAUCUACUACCUUUGCCUUCCCCUCACACUUUGGACCAGAUGGUUAAGAAAGACAUGGCUAAAACAGGAAGCUGGAUGGAUCUAAGGUUUGAUAUUGGUUGGAUUGGUUCCGGCACAAGUGAAAUGAUCCUUGAUGAUUUAUUAGAAGAGAUCAUCAGAAGCUGCAGAGACAUGGUUCAAGCUGAACCAAUGGAGGACCAGAACAAUAACCUAUGA